AAACAUUUUAGGCGUGUUCACUGUCAAUUCUCAGUCGCGUUUCCCAUGGACAAACAUAGCUCAACGCUUUCUCACAGACAAGAUUGAAUCACUUAUCGCUGACCGCGGUUGCCAGGAAAGUGUUAUUGAAAGGCAGUCGAGAUGUCAGACUCAGACGACAGAGAGCUGAGGCCGAUCGACUUCAUCCAGCUUCAGCAGUACAUUGACUACUGCAGUUUGACAGUAAAAGGUGUGUUAAAGGAGUUUAAUGCAGAUGGCAGAUUAGCCAAGUACAGACAUGGAGAGUGCAUAGAUGAAGAGGGUUUCCGGCUCUUCUUGAAGACAUAUUUGGAAGAGGACGACUUCCCAGCAGAUCUGUGCCAACGCUUGUUCAGAUCUUUCCAAAACUCAGAGUCGGCUAGAUCAGUUGAAAACAAGGACGUCUUUCUGAAGGAUGUGUCCUGUUAUUUCUCUCUUCUGGAAGAUGGGCAACCACGGGACAAACUUGAAUUUUCUUUUAGACUUUAUGACAGAGAUGGCAAUGGAGUGCUGGACAGUUCGGAAGUGGACCGCAUUAUUGCCCAGAUGAUGCAUGCAGCAAACUACCUUGGUUGGGAUGUGUCUGAACUGCAGCCUGUUCUGAAAGAUAUGAUGACAGCGAUUGAUUCGGACAGCAGCGGAACCGUGUCAUUGGAGGAAUGGGUGGAGGGAGGCAUGAAUAACAUCCCGCUGCUGGUUUUACUGGGACUGAAGGUGAACCAAAGAGAUGGCCAGCAUCUGUGGCGGAUGAAGCAUUUUAACAAGCCUGUGUACUGUAACGUGUGUCAGAAUAUGCUGCUUGGGCUGCGCAAACAGGGUCUCUGCUGCACCCGUUGUAAAUACACAGUGCACGGCCGGUGUGCCAAUAAGAACCCAGCUCCAUGCAGCCGCACAUAUGUGAAGUCCAAGAAAGAGACAGGGAUUGCAUCUCACGACUGGGUGAGUGGAAACUGUGAUUCAGGGAAGUGCGACAGGUGUCAAAAGAAAAUAAAGCAUGGCCUUACUGGAAAACGCUGCAUCUGGUGUCACACAUUGAGACAUGAUGAGUGUGCGACUCAGGAACCCUUAGAAUGCCACUGUGGCCUUUUAAGGGACCAUAUUUUACCCCCGUGGGCCAUAUACCCCAUCAUUAAGGAGAGGCAGAACAGCAUUAAGAAUGGAUGUUCAUGUGCAGGUGAUGAUAGUGAGCUCAACACUACACCUGACGGACAGAUACUACAGAUAAGCCCAAUUCCUGACACACAUCCACUUUUGGUGUUUGUCAACCCUAAAAGUGGCGGAAAGCAGGGAGAGAGAAUCCUUCGAAAAUUCCAAUACUUGUUGAAUCCUCUGCAAGUUUAUAAUCUUAACAAUGGCGGACCAGGACCAGGGUUGCAUUUCUUCAGAGAUCUAGAAAACUACAGGAUAUUAGUCUGUGGAGGAGACGGCACAGUGGGCUGGAUUCUUGACGCCAUAGAUAAAGCCAACCUGCCAGUGCGCCCCCCUGUGGCUGUGCUUCCUCUUGGCACAGGAAAUGAUCUGGCACGGUGUCUGCGAUGGGGUGGAGGUUAUGAUGGCAUGGAUCUGGGCCGAAUCCUGAAAGACAUAGAGGGGAGUUCUGUGGUUUCGAUGGACCGCUGGAGUGUACAGGUGAUUACGGAGGAAAGCCAGGACAGAGGUGACCCAGUGCCCUACGAAAUCAUCAACAAUUAUUUCUCCAUCGGAGUGGAUGCGUCUAUUGCUCAUCGCUUCCACACCAUGAGAGAGAAACAUCCUCAGAAGUUUAACAGCAGAAUGAAGAACAAACUUUGGUACUUCGAAUUUGCCACCUCUGAGACCAUCUCUGGAUCUUGUAAGAAACUAAAGGAGUGUCUCACCAUUGAGUGUUGUGGGACACCGUUGGAUCUCAGUAAUCUCUCUCUGGAGGGUAUAGCUGUCCUCAACAUUCCCAGCAUGCACGGCGGGUCCAACCUGUGGGGUGAAGCCAAAAAAAGUGACAAAGCAGACCAGGAGUUGCCUGAGGUCAUCGUGGACCCUGAAGUCUUAAAAGUGAGCCCGCAGGACAUCAGUGAUAAGCGCAUGGAGGUGGUGGGUUUGGAAGGAGCCAUUGAAAUGGGACAGAUAUACACAGGGCUGAAGAGCGCUGUCCGACUCGCCAAAACAUCUCAGAUUACCAUCAGGACAAAUAAACCAAUGCCCAUGCAGAUUGAUGGAGAGCCGUGGAUGCAGCCACCUUGUACAAUUCAUAUUACACAUAAGAACCAAGCCAAUAUGCUGAUGGGCCCUCAAGCCAAAUCCACUGGCUUUUUCAACCUGAAAUAGUUUACCCAUACCUGUCCAAUGCUAUGUAUGAAAGAUGCUGUACAAAUCUGCGUGCAUUAUCAGGUUAAUGGACAACAUCUGUUUAAAGUCUAAUUUUAUCUCUGCAACAAAUGCUUAAUAAGGUUUCAAUUUUUAUUUAUACUCUUUUAGGAGAUAGCUCUUACAUGCAGUGACGAUUUCACAGAUCUCUUCCUCAGCCCAUCUUAACAUGAAUUGUGCAUCAAACUGUACUUAAACAGUAUAGGUCAUGCAAUUUUUUGCAUGGAUUUUGUUUUGCUGUGAAAAAUGUAUUGCACAGUUCAUUCCAAGUAAAUGGAUGUUUUUUUAAGAUAAUCUUAAUAUGCAUCCACUAUAUGGAUCCGUUUGCUAAGGUUUGAUGCACAGUCUAUUCAGUGGCUUUGCUGUAUAGGUGAUUUAAAAAGGACUGCUAUAUGCCAAUUGCACAGCCUUUUUUCUUUGUUCUUAGUUUAUAAAGUCAAUCAUCUGGUCAUUGCAGUUACAAAUCAUUAUAUAUGUCACUAUUCAUCCAGGUGCCCACCUAAACAACUAGAUUCAGUGCAUUGAAUUGUAAUUUAUUUGCUGUAUAAGAAGCAGGUGUACUGUUUGGAUAAUAUAUUGAAACAGAAUUAACAGUAUAAUGUAUAAAUAAUUUUAUUGGGUCAUUUUUAUUGUAUCCAGAAUGGAUUGAGUCAGUUCGGUAAAACUGAUUUUUCAUACAUUUGCACAGUGUGGAUGAAACGUAAUGUAUUUAGUGUGCUAAUGCUCCUUAAAUUUAGAUAAUUCAAUGGGCAAAUUUGUGGUUUUAGAUAGCAUGUUGCACACCUUCUCUUUUAUAUAUUCUUUGGGUUUGCUGUACAGAACACUUAAGGCAGUGGCUCUUAACUCCUUAAUGAGGGAGACGUGCAAAAAGUGCAGUUCUGUGGGUCCCCAAGACCAAUAUUGAGAAUCACUGAUUUAAGGCAGGCAUCAUUUUAUUGUGCUCUUGAGAAUGCAGAAAUUCCAUUAAUUUUGUGAAUUUGUCUGAAUAAAUAUUUCAACGUUUAA